AUGAUAGUUGAUAAUAAUUCAACUAUGAUUAAAUUUGAAUCAUGGUUCAUUCCUAUAGAUAUUCUAAUGAUUGUAUCUACCAUGAUUGCAACUUUACUUGCUUUUACCUUUUUGGCUAUUAUCAUUAUGAGUCGAACAUGUCGAACAGUACCAUUGAUGCUUGUUGGGAACUCCUGUUUAGCUGCUAUUAUCUUUGAAUGUACUAUGCUAAGUAUGGCUUUAUUUACACUUCAAAAUGAUAUAAAGCAAAAUGUGUUUCAAGAUUUACUUUGUAUUUUUCGCGGCUACAUGGGUUAUGUUACAUGUUUUUUACAGAAUUAUUCGUAUGCAUUACAAGCUAUUUAUCGAUAUAUUAGUGUUGUCUAUCCAGCUCGUGUAUCCUGGCAAUCAGCACGUUUUCAAGCUUCUCUUAUUGGUAUUAAAUGGAUCUUUUCAAUAGUAUACCCACUUCCAUUGUUGUUGACUGGUGAAAUAAUCUACAAUGUUGACAAUCAAAUAUGUCAAGUACAAUUACGACUUUCUCCAAUAAUGAUUUAUACUACAUUAUGUAUUUAUAUGAUACCUAUCACAAUUAUUAUGCUUGUCUACUUUAAACUAUUUCGAUAUGUACAUGAAAUGAGUAAACAUGUCACACCAACAAACACUUUAUUUCAUGCACGACGAGAAUUAGAAAUGGUUCGUCGUAUUGUCUUUCUUGUUAUUAUUCUUAUCAUACUUGGUCUACCCUAUAUGAUAUUUAUUUUAAUGUCGUUUGUAACUAUUCCACCAAAAUAUCAUUUUCGUAUUGCUUACUUAUUUGUUGAUAUAUCAUCGGUAUUUGUUAUGAUUGCUCUAUUCCAAUUUACGGAACCAAUUAAAACAAUAUUAUUAAAGAUGAUAAGUGUACUGUCAAGUACAGUGAAUCCAACAAAUAAUUAA